UUUCUUCCCCAAUUCGCUUCCUCCUCUGCUGCGUCAGGGAACACAGAUCGCAUCCCUGGCUGGAUGGGAUGGAUGCUUGUAAAGAAACUAAUAACCAAUCAUGGCCACUGCCACUCUCACUGCAGUCUUCUCAGGGGUUGAAGAAGCCGCUGAUGUUGGCAAACAAGGAUGCAACACACAACACGGUGAUGCCAAUGAUGUAGGUGUCGGGACUCAUGUCGCCAAGGGCGCCCUCACCGCCGCCUCGCGCCUCCAUCUGCACGGCUGGUGCGCGCAAAGACUGCUUCAGCGGAGUGCUUCCUGCAGCAGGACUGGGAGUGGUGCCCACGAAGCAGAGCAUCGUCGAGCAGGCCACGGCCAAGAGCACGCAAGCGAGCAAGUUGGAGCGAGCCAUGUCGUAAGCUUUGGAACAAAGAGAGCUGCACAGGAGCGGCCUUCAAAGAGCUCAAGUUCAAAAACUAAUAACCAAUCAUGGCCACUGCCACUCUCACUGCAGUCUUCUCAGGGGUUGAAGAAGCCGCUGAUGUUGGCAAACAAGGAUGCAACACACAACACGGUGAUGCCAAUGAUGUAGGUGUCGGGACUCAUGUCGCCAAGGGCGCCCUCACCGCCGCCUCGCGCCUC